CAACACGGCCGAUGGAUGUGCAGAGCGGCAAUAUUAGCCUUUUCAAAUUGCCUCCUUCGGUCCUUCCUCUACCUCCUACGAGGACGACGAAACAACACUUCCUCCUUUCCCUUCUCCUUCGCCGCUCUUAGAAUCUCGAUAAGAAGCGAAGACCGGCGUUCCGUUCGGGGCUCCGCCGAUGGACGGCACCCCGACCCCUCCGCCGCUGUGGACCUUCCCGUGAUCCGCUCCUCCGCCGCCGCCCUCCGCCUCCUCCUCUCCGACGAGAUGCCGUUUCGUUCCGCCGCCGAUGGAAAGGAAGGCUAACCUUCCGCCUCCCCCGAGGUCGAGCAGCCAGAUCCCUCCGAUCGCCGGAGAGGCCAAUCUGACCUCCUCUUCUUCCUCCUCCUCCUCCCUCUCACCCCGGGAUUUCCUCCGACAUGUUCAUGCGGUCUUUAAGCGCCACAGACCUCUCGGUAUGAUGCAUUCUAACGUUACCCGUGCGAGCCGUGUCUUGGUUUCACAAACAGAGCCUUCGAGGAGCACUGCUUCUGCGCCUUCCGUAAGUGGAAAUCCUUUCAGUAAGACAGUGUCACAAAUUGGAGCAGUUGUAGGAGGUACGAGGUUACCGAAUGUGGCAUCUGAUCAGAGGAAGGAUAAUGCGGCUGAAGUGGUGACGACUCCUCAAGGGGAUUCCUCGCUUACUCCCCCAUCAAUUAUCGGAACUAUAACUACAGUGCAUGAUGAGAACAUGAGCCCGUUUGACUUGCCAAAGGGCGAUUCUGAACUCCUGGUUGAUCAAAAAAAGUCAUCUUUCUCAGUUUCUUCUUUUCACUUGGCAUCCCCACAUGCUUUGGCUGAUGAUCAUUUGAAGAAGGAUCAGUUUGCUUCAGCUAUCAAUGCCCAUAUAACUUUUCAGAGUGCUAAUACAAGAAUGACCACUGAUAGUACAAUGGACGACAUUUCAUCUUAUAUGGGUUCUCUUGCAUUGACAGAGGGGGAAAGCUAUUUGAACACUCAGGCAGCCACAAAUGAUCAGGAUCCAAUGCAGCAGGGUCAUGGGAAUAUGGAAGUGUCUGGGAGCACUGCUAAGUUUGGUGGGAGUACAUUGUUGGAGAAGAGGAUCGAACAGAGUCAUAAUCAGCAUUUUGCAGAGCCAACAACUCGGUCUUCAGUUAUGGGCUCUUCAUGUGUCACUACAAUGUCAGUCCAUUCAGGCCCUACUUUUCAGUGCACGCGUGCUCCUCUGGCUGGGCAGACUGCCUUUCCACAACAAAUGUCAUCAUCUACUACAGAGAACUCAUCAUGUGUUCUGGACAAUGCCCUUGCUGAGGGGCGAGGGAGUGUCUUGAAGGAAGCUGAUGGGCUUCAGAAUCAUCAACAGGGUCUUCAUUUGGGUGGAAGUGUAAAGGAGAUAGGGCCUUCUGGUGAUGCCAACCGUUUGCAAUCUCAGGCUCUGCCAGCAAACAAUCCAUCAUCGAAUAUGGAUUUGGGGCCAUCUCAAUCUAACAAAGUAGAGAAGGCUCCUCGUAAAAAGAAGUACGACCCUGAUGUAUUUUUCAAAGUUAAUGGAAAGCUCUAUCAAAAGCUUGGUAAGAUAGGCAGUGGAGGAAGUAGUGAAGUUCACAAAGUCAUAUCAUCAGACUGCACGAUAUAUGCUCUGAAAAAGAUCAAACUCAAAGGCCGUGACUAUCCUACUGCUUGUGGAUUUUGUCAAGAGAUUGUGUAUUUGAACAGGCUGAAAGGGAAGAACAAUAUUAUUCAACUUGUUGAUUACGAGGUGACAGAUAAAACUUUGCUUCAGGAAGUCGUGAAUGGCUCCACAACCAUAAAGGAUGGAAGGAUCAAAAAUGAUGAAUAUAUAUACAUGGUGCUUGAGUAUGGAGAGAUUGAUUUGGCCCACAUGCUUGCACAGAAGUGGAAAGAGAUGAAUAAGUCAGGUUGGAAACUGGAUGAGAAUUGGCUACGGUUUUAUUGGCAGCAAAUGCUUGAAGCUGUAAAUACGAUACACGAGGAGCGCAUCGUGCACUCUGAUUUGAAGCCUGCCAACUUUCUAUUAGUCAGAGGCUCGCUGAAGCUUAUCGACUUCGGCAUUGCAAAAGCUAUAUUGAGUGACACAACGAACAUCCAGCGUGAUGCACAGGUGGGAACCCUAAACUACAUGUCUCCAGAAGCAUUCAUGUGCAAUGAGCAAGAUGCUGACGGGAACACUAUUAAGUGUGGCCGCCCAUCAGACAUCUGGUCUCUUGGCUGCAUUCUUUACCAGAUGGUAUAUGGUAAGACACCAUUAGCAGAAUACAAGACCUUUUGGGCCAAGUUCAAAGUCGUAACUGAUCGAAACCAUGAGAUCGCGUAUGCACCAGUCUCCAAUCCAUGGCUUAUCGAUCUCAUGCGGAGAUGUCUUGCUUGGGAUCGCAACGAGAGGUUGAGAAUACCGCAGCUUCUUCAACACCCAUUUCUUGUUCCUCCAAUUCUACGAGCCCCGCCUCCACUCCAUGAUCACCCUUCGAAACUGCUUAUGCACCAGCUUGAAGCCUAUUGGGAUGAACCCGAAGUGUCUAGGCUACGUUCUGAGCUGCAUGAAGCUGUUGUCAAGAUUGAGAAAAGACGGCAGGAUCGAAGCAUGCAUGUAGAAACAAACGUCUCUUGAUGCGUACAAAACCUGCAUGAGAAAAUGUCAUCUCGUACCACAGCCUGCUUGCUUGUAUUGUCCUGGGCAAAAAGAUGAAUCCUUCGUGCAGACAAAAUGGUCCAGAUUUCGCGCUGUAAACGAAUCGAUCAUAUCAUGAGAGAUCAUACUAAUGCUUCUGUGGGAGUGCCAUCGCGGGCCCCGCAUGAAUACAGACAGGAUGGUACAGGUG